CCUGCGCAGAUGGCGGCGGACGGCGCGCCCGAGUGACGCCCGCGCCGCGGACAUGGCCCGGCACCUGGGGCUGGAGCAGCUGGCCACGCUGGCAGAGGCGGCCGGGGCCUUCCUGGGGCCCGUGAAGUCGGCCAAGUUCGUGGUGGACGAGGAGCGCGGGGACAGCGUGCUGGUCGGCUCGGCGCCACGGCUGCUGGAGCGCCUGGAGCUGGGCGCCACCGGCCGGCUGCUGGCGGAGGCCGUGCGGGCUCAGCACGCGGCCCACGGGGUGGCCACCGGCACGCUGCUGUGCCUGGCGGGCGCCUGGAGCCGGGCGGCCCAGGAGUGCCUGCAGCUGGGCGUGCCGGUGUCCGCGCUCGUGGCCCUGAUGAACGAGGGCCUGGGCGCCUGCCUGGACGCCGUGGACGCGCUCCGGCUGCCCGUGCGCCUGUCCUGCCGCCACAUGCGGGGCCCGCGCCCACUGCCCGCGGCCCACGCGCCCGUCGCCUGGGUGCCCGGCCUGCCCUGGAGCGACCGCGGCCUGGACUCUGGCUCCCGGGAGCCCCCGGUGCCCUGCGCGCCCCGGACGGAUGUGGGGGCCCGUGAGGGCACAGCGCUGGCCCACAGCAGGCAUUUCCGGGGAUCGCAGGGACCCCAUCCUGGAUCGGCUGCCCCCAGCACACAGGGCUGCCACGACCUGGGGCAGCUGGUGGGGGCCCUGAGCCGCGGUGACCCUGGCAGCAUGUGGCUGGCUGGCACCGCCCUGUGGCUGCUGGACCAGAGCGAGAGCCUGCAGCCGGGCAGCUGCCCCGGGCCCCCCACGUUGGACCUCACCAGGGUCCUCACCUGCUACCUGCCGGGCCCGCCCGAGGCCGCCUCCUACGUGUGUCCCGGCUAUGCCACCGUCCUGCCAGCCGCCCAGGCGCCUCUGGUCAGCGCCCUGCAGGGCCGGCCCCUGCGUGCUGUGCUGCUGGAGGGCGACCUCACGGAGAGCUACCGCCACCCUGGGCUGCACCCGCCGGCCUCCCGCAUGUGCACGGUGCUGGGCGGAGGGCCGGGUCCCGAGGAGGAGGAGGAGGAGGCUGCCUGGGCCGAGCGUGUGCUGGGGGUGCUGGGCGGCCUGCAGGUGCAUCUGGUGCUGGUGCAAGGACGCGUGUGCCCGGGUCUGCGGGAGGUGUGCGCGGCCGCCGGCCAGCUAGUGCUGGACUCGGUUCCCAGGGAUGCCCUGUGGGCCCUGGCUGAGGCGACAGGCGCCCAGCCGGUGGCGUACGCGUGGCAGCUGAGCGAGCUCUGUGUGGGCGCGGGUGUGUGCCUGGCCGUGCUGGGCGAGGGCGUGCGUGGGCUGAUCGUGUCUGUGGGCGUCAACGGCGUGCGGCUGGUGACGGCGGUGCUGACCUGCCCGGCCGAGGCACUCAUGCAGGCCCGUGAGGACCGCUUCUGGGCCAGCGCCCGCCGCCUGCAGCAGGCCCUGGGGGAGCGCAGCGUGUUCCCUGGCGGCGGCGCCGUGGAACUGCUGUGCCUCAGCCAGCUGCAGGCGCUGGCGGAGAUGCCCCCCGACCCCCCUGCGCGCCGCCCCGGGCUGCAGUUACACGCACCCGCCGUGUUGGGUGGCCUGGCCCGCGGCUGGCACAGCUUCCUGGCGGCCGCGCUGAGCAGGCGCUCCCCCUUCCCCUCGGAGCUGGAGGCGGCCACACGAGUGCAGCGCCUCCUGCAGGCCGCCGUCAGCUCGGGCGCCCCGGACGCCUACAUCCUGCGUGAGUGCAGGACGCCCCACGUCUACGACCUGGUCACCCCAAAGCUGGAGGCUUGGCGCCGUGCCCUGGACCUGGUGCUGCUGGUGCUGCAGACGGACGCCGAGGUGGUGGUGGGCACCGCGCACGUGAGGGCCACCCAGGGCGCCCAGGCCCAGGUGCUGCUGUAGCGCCCUGCUCAGACUCAGCUGGACCGUGCACAGCAGGACAGACUCCGGACAGGGACGGACGACGACAGGACACUGGAGGUGGCUGGGCUGCGUCUCUGGAGAUCCCCUUGGCACCCGCUUAAUGGUGACAUGUGGGUAGCAGAGAGCACCCCCUCGCCAGAAGCUUGCGGGGAAAAGCUGAUGGGGGCUCUUUGGCCGCCCUGUCCCGUCUCCAGGCCUCUCUCCUGUCCCCAAGCUGCCUGCUGGUCACAUGGCCCGGGCAGGACUCCUGUGUUGACCUGGCUUCCCAGGCCCUGGGGCAGGUAGCAGGCCAGCCCCCCCCCCCUGCCCUGAAGGCGGAAGCAGUGGGGCUCCUGGGGCAGCAGGUUUGCCAUCGCGCUCACAUGCAGGACUCUGUGCUCCAGAAGGCCGGGUGGGAAGGUUCGCCAGGGGCGUCAGUUUUAGCUGCAUGCUGGCCCGACCCCCUGCACCCUGAGGAGUGGGACUGAGCCCCAAACAAACCCUGCUUCAGACUAUUUUAAGGUUUCAUUUCCUCUCCAGAAUGUUUUUCCUUUUUCCAUUUUGUUUGGCGUGUUUCUUGGCAGUUGCAUUAAAAACAUUUCCCCAUGUGAA